UGCGUUCUCUACAAGGCGGAGCCCACCCUCCUGGCUGGAGCUUACGGGCCGACGGCGACGGCGUCCUCCGACAGCCUGCCUUCCACCUCGGCCGCGCCGCCGGGCCUCUAUCCGCCCCUGGGUCUCAACGGGCACCAGCCCCUGGGCUUGCCCCAGCUGUGCCCGCCCUACCUCGGCUACGUUCGGCCAGAUGCAGAAACAAGCCACAGUUCUCAAUACAGUUUUGAAUCGCUGCCCCAGAAGAUUUGUCUCAUCUGCGGUGAUGAGGCUUCUGGUUGCCACUAUGGAGUACUUACCUGUGGAAGUUGUAAAGUCUUCUUUAAAAGGGCAAUGGAAGGGCAGCACAACUAUCUGUGUGCUGGAAGAAAUGACUGCAUAGUUGAUAAAAUUCGUAGGAAGAAUUGCCCUGCAUGUCGCUUGAGGAAGUGCUGUCAAGCUGGGAUGGUCCUGGGAGGUCGAAAAUUUAAAAAGUUUAACAAAAUUAAGGUUGUGAGAACAUUAGAUGUUGCACUCCAGCAGCCAGCAACCCUUCAAGAUGAAAGCCAAUCUCUAAACCAAAGGCUGCCCUUUUCUCCAAAUCAAGAAAUACAGUUCAUUCCCCCAAUGAUAAGUGUUUUACGAGGCAUUGAGCCCGAAGUUGUCUAUGCUGGUUAUGACAAUACAAAACCCGAAACACCAAGUUCCUUGCUGACCAGUCUGAAUCAUCUUUGUGAGAGGCAACUUCUUUGUGUAGUCAAAUGGUCUAAAUUGCUACCAGGAUUUCGGAAUUUACAUAUUGAUGACCAGAUAACUCUCAUCCAGUAUUCCUGGAUGAGUCUAAUGGUUUUUGCAAUGGGAUGGAGAUCAUACAAACAUGUCAGUGGUCAGAUGUUAUAUUUUGCACCAGAUCUGAUUCUAAAUGAACAGAGGAUGAAAGAAUCAUCGUUCUAUUCCCUGUGUCUGUCCAUGUGGCAACUCCCACAGGAAUUUGUCAGACUUCAAGUUAGCCAAGAAGAGUUCCUAUGUAUGAAAGCACUGUUACUUCUCAACACAAUUCCUUUGGAAGGUCUCAGAAGUCAAAGCCAAUUUGAUGAGAUGAGAACGAGUUACAUUAGAGAACUGGUGAAGGCAAUUGGUUUGCGCCAGAAAGGAGUUGUGGCCAACUCGCAACGUUUCUAUCAACUUACAAAACUGAUGGAUUCCAUGCAUGAUCUGGUGAAACAGCUCCAUCUCUUCUGUCUGAACACCUUUCUCCAGUCCCGUGCAUUGAGUGUUGAAUUCCCCGAGAUGAUGUCAGAGGUGAUUGCUGCCCAGCUACCCAAGAUCCUGGCAGGGAUGGUGAAACCUCUUCUCUUUCACAAAAAGUGA